AUGGCAACGACUAGUAGUAGCAGUAGUUCAUCAUUACUUCAAACACUUGAGACUAAUCCUCGCGGAAUUCCUAAAAUUCAAUUUGUGGAAAAUGUUGGAGAAUUUAUUAAAAGUAAUUCAUCAUCAACCAUUGAAGUUAUAUUAGGCAAAUUACAAGAAACUGUAUCAUUAGAAUCGAGAUUACCCGAAAUUAAAAAAGCUCUUGAAACUGAUUCUGACGAACCUAUAAAAACCACUUUUGAAUUAUGUGAUACUUUAUGGGUACCAGCAAAAGUUAAAUCUACAAAAACUAUUAAUUUAUGGCUUGGUGCAAAUGUAAUGGUAGAAUAUUCAUUAGAAGAAGGAAAAAAACUUUUAAAUGGUAACUUGACAAAAGCUGAAAAUAGUUUAAAAUAUUUAUUAGAGGAUUUAGAAUUUCUUAGAGAACAAAUUACCACAAUGGAAGUCAUCGAAGGAAUUGGAAAAGGAGUAAUUCGAUCGAAAAGUGAAAGCAUAUUAACUAGCACAAUUAAUUUUGCAUCAAAUGGCGAGUAUAUAAAAACAAUAUCAGGGAUGAAUACUGGUGGAAGAGAUUGCAGAAUUAAACAAUUUAUGGUUUGUAUUUGGGCUUAUACAAGAAUUAUCCAAGAACAGCAAUCUCAAGUUGUUAAAGGUAAGGAGAUUCAGGAAUUGGAAAAAAGGGUAUUUGCACUAGAACAAAAAUUACCAAAACUAGAAUUAGAGCAAGCUGAUUGUGAUGUGGCUGUAAAAUUGACCAGUGUGACUGAUGACAUUUUGAAAAGUAAUAAUGAAGCCAUCCAUUUCAAGAGAAAAUUUAGUUACUCAUCAUCAACACCAUCAAAAUUACAGAAACAACUAGCCAUUGAUGAUUCUUUCACAUUUUCACGUUAUUAUGAAACUAGAGUGAAAAAUAAUUCUUUAUGGUUUCAGCAAAAAAUUCUUAGUACAGAGGAAAAAGAUACUGCACAUGAUGAUGCAAAACUUAUUCAAGAAGAAGAAAGUUCAAGCAAAUUAGAAACAGUCUAUCAACGUUAUCUUAUGAAGAAGCUGGAUAUUUUUGUUUCCAAAUACCCAAGCAUGCAACUGAAACAUGUAGAUGCUCACCAGAAACCUAUUCUUAAGGGACAAAAACCAGAUAUUACCUUCUAUUUGCAAGAUCAAGCCAUCUCAAAUAUCAAUAUUGUUUCUGUUUUAGAGAUCAAAGUCACUGAAAAAGAGGAUGAAUGGCCUAUUUAUGCUGAUAUUUUCAAUUUUGAAAGGGAUGUAUUGAAAAGUUUGGAAGCAGGUGGUGUGAUUAAUAUUCCUUGUUAUGUUGGAUGUGGAAAAACAUCAAAGACAAGUGCCAACUUUAUCUUAAUGAAUGGAGUUGGGUCAUCUCUUAAUGACACAGAUAUUGAUAUACAACAGAUAUUUAUACAAUUACUUGAUGUUAUUAAAAAAUCACAUGAUCUUGAGAUAUUCAAGAAAUUACAUGACCUUGAUAUUUCAAAGUUUGAAUCAAUUAAGAAGUUCUGGAAUACAGAAUUGAGUGCACCAUACUGGAUUGAAUGUAAUAAUGCAGCAGAAA